AUGCAAUACUCAAAAGUCGCUAUCUUGUCUGCCGUUGCCGGUUCAGCUGUUGCUUCAUACAACUCCACUGUCACUGACAUUGCUACCACCGUUGUUACCAUCACUUCAUGUUCAGAAAACAAAUGUACUGAAGUCCCAGUCACCACCGGUUUGACCACUGUCACUGACGUUGACACUGUCUACACCACCUACUGUCCAUUGACUUCUGCUCCAGCUUCAUCUGCUCCAGCUUCAUCCGCUGCUGCCUCAUCUGCUCCAGCUUCAUCCGCUGCUGCUUCAUCUGCUCCAGCUUCAUCUGUUGCUUCUGAAUCUAAAUCAACUGUUGCUGCUGAAUCAUCAUCUGCUCCAGCUGUCUCUUCAUUCGAAGCCGGUGCUGGUAAAUUGCAAGUUGGUGCUGCUUUGGUUGGUGCUGCUGCUUUGUUAUUGUAA